ACGCUAACAGUACCAGCCGCAUUUCACUUGUGCUACGGCUGCUGUUCAGACUUUCAUAUCUUUCAUAAAAUGAAGAUUACUUUUCUUAUAUUGAGUAUUUUGAUAUUAAUAUCAAUCGCGAGUGCAACUUUGUCGCCAAAUUCUGCGAGGGAUGAUAAGAAAAAGAAUAAAAAAAACAAAGAUGACGCUAAAAAUGAAAAGAAGAAGCCAGAAGUAUCAGAAAAAGACGUUUUUCAAAGACAACUAGUAAGAAGAGAUGUUACAGCAAAAGACAUUUUAAGAGAAGCUGAUAUACUGAGCAAACAUACAAAUAUUAGGCACUAUGUGCCUGGAGAAGUUCUUGGCUACAUAACACCAUGGAAUGGUGCAGGCUACGACAGGGCAAAAAAGUUUCACAAAAAAUUUGAUCUGGUGUCUCCAGUUUGGUUUGUUAUUCAAGGAGGACAUCCAUUUAAAAUUCCAGUACAUGAUAUGGAUAAAAAGUGGCUUAAGAGUAUGCAAGAUGCUAAUACUAAAAAACAUUCAGUAAAAAUAUUGCCACGAAUACUAUUUGACAGGUGGACGAGUGACCACGUUGAAGAAAUUUUCCAUGAUCUUCAAAAGAGACAUAGAUUUAUCGAUAUGCUCAUUAGUUUAGCUGAAACCAAUUCAUUUGAUGGAUAUGUUUUGGAAAUUUGGAAUCAAUUUUUAAUGGCAGGUGUGAGAAAAAGUAUUUUGACUGCACUUAUUACUUCAAUUGCUGAUGGUUUGAGAGAAAAUGAUCUAGACACUAUUUUAGCAAUUCCAGCUCAGAGAAAAAUGGAAAAUGAACUCUUUACGAAAGAAGAUUUUGAAGAGCUUUCACCUCAUAUCCGAUACUUUUCGGUAAUGACUUAUGAUUUUUCAAGUGUACAUAGACCUGGUCCUAAUGCCCCAGUUGAUUGGAUACGUAACUGCAUUAAAGCUCUUGUUCCAAAAACAAAUGAUGUUAGGAGAGCUCAAAUUUUAAUGGGAUUGAAUUUCUAUGGAUAUCAUUAUACACCAUCUGGAGGUGGUCCAAUAGUUGGUUCGCAGUACCUUGAAUUACUUGAAAAACACAAAGGAAAACUUCAAUGGGAUGAUGAAAGUGAAGAACAUUUCUUUGAAGUAAAGGCCAAAGAUAACCCAGGCUAUGUGUUCUUCCCAACUCUUUACUCAUUAAUGAGCAGAUUGGAAUUAGCUGUGGAGAUGAAAGUUGGAAUUGCAAUUUGGGAACUUGGACAGGGUUUAAACUAUUUCAUGGAUAUAUUGUGAUCACUAACAGCAACAAACUUAUAAU